AUGGAUUUCCCGACCGUCGUGCAGCUGGUGGCGGGUGGUUUGCCAUCCGUGGAACCGGCGACAACGUCGAUCGGCGGAGGCGGCGGCAACGGGGCCGUUAACUUCAACAGCACGGCGUAUAACGACACCGUCAGCGAUCGGGAAGUGUACUGCGGCGACCCGUCCGUUCACGAGUCGUCGCUGUACCUGAUCUCGAAGAUCCUGUACAUAAUCGUGUGCAUCAUCGGGCUGGUGGGCAACACGCUGGUCAUCUACGUGGUGAUACGGUUCUCGAAGAUGCAGACAGUGACCAACAUGUACAUCGUCAACCUGGCGAUCGCCGACGAGUGUUUCCUGAUCGGCAUACCGUUUCUGAUCGUCACCAUGUCGCUGGACUUUUGGCCGUUCGGCAACAUCAUGUGCAAGGUGUACAUGACCACCACCAGCGUGAACCAAUUCACCAGCAGCAUAUUCCUGAUGAUCAUGAGCGCCGACCGGUACAUAGCCAUAUGUCAUCCGAUAUCGUCGUCCAAGGUGCGCACCGCGUACGUGUCCAAGAUCGUGUCGGUCACCGCGUGGACGUUCAGCAUCAUACUCAUGAUACCGGUCAUCAUUUACGCGAGCACCAUGGAAAAGGGCAACGUCAUGAGCUGCAACAUCAUAUGGCCCGAGAGCGAUCUAUUCAGCGGGCAGACGGCGUUCACGCUCUACUCGUUCGUGCUCGGGUUCGCCAUACCGCUCAUGCUCAUAUUCGUCUUCUACAUACUGGUCAUCAGAAAACUGCAGACGGUAAUAUAAUAAUUUAAAUAGAAAAAUUAACUCUUUAUUUUUUUUAACUGAGUUAAGUAAACAUAUUUUUUAAAUUUAUUUUUCGUUGACUUUCAACUGAAAGCUUGUUUUUUUGUUAAUUCGACGUACUUUUCGAGUUAAUUGUUUUCGUUGAUUCGUCCUACAACUUUUCUGAUAACACUAUGAAUCGACUGACAAUUAUGUAACCCAAACGACAGAACACAUGAGGUCAGCCCUAUAAUCACUGGAACUCAAGCUAAUCGGGACGUUUUUACGAUAGGUCUUGGCUAUUGAAUGCCACGACGGCAAAUCUGAAUACGAUAAUAACAGACACACUACGUAAUUGAAAUUCAGCGUAGGUUUAUUUAUUUAUUUAUUCGUAGGACAACAAAUCAACAUUACAGCAGAUAAAAUGCAUAAGUAGAUGUUUCCGAUACUCUAAGAAGAAAAAACAUUUUAUUAGAGUCAUGUUCGGAAGCUCGUCAAACGCUAUAUUAUAGAUUGCCUAUAUCCGUUAAAAGAACCGCACCCUUACACUCGGUGAUGUACGAAGGGUGGGGUAGGUUGAGGGUUGUAUCCCCCCCUCAUUGGCUUAAAAUACAAACAAAUAUAAGUAAUCUAAUAUCGUAAUGCAUAUAUAUUUCAGCCAAGUUACGAAGAAAAGCUUAAUAUAUGGAUUAGAAAUUGGCUAAUUUUUAGUCACAAAUGUUAAAUAACAUUACGAGUAUUUUUAAUUUUCUACGUUUUUUUUUUUUCAAACUUACAAUAAUUUAAAUCGUUACGUAAACAUUGAAUUAUACUAGCGAGUUCGAAGGGUGCUACACUAUUGCUGGGGCAAAGAUCUGGAACCACAAGACCCAAACUUUUAGGGACGUGAAAUUUCGUAAGCGUAUACAACGAAUAUUAUAUAAUUUAACGUGUUUCUUUUUUGCACCAUUUGCGGGACACGUAUUUACGGACAUCUAAGCUGAAACGUACCAAUAGUUUUACGAGAUUUUAGGAAUUUUACAAAACUUCAUCUGCUUGUCGAUCCAAAUACGACAUUGUUACGAGGAAAUUUGUGUCUUGAGUGCAAACCUAAACUCUACAAUACCUAUUCGGUGAAAAGCCACGACGAGUUGCGUAUUUACAUUAAACCGCUUGAGCCGAACUCGGAUAAGGUCUGUAAAUACGCCUUCACGGGAUGACAAUGUAAAAACAAUAGUGUUUAGCAUGCUAUUAUCGUGAAAUAUACAAUACUAUACUUCUUCAACUACAUGGUAUACUGAGUGUGCCAGUAUUUUCCUGUAGAACACUAAGUGUCGCAACACCCUCUACAUCGAUGGAGCUUUCCACGGUGUAUUUUCGAUCGGGGUUUCGUAUUAUAUUCAUGACUCUGGAGGGGGUGAAGAAUUGUUACGGAACCAAUAUAACGACCGAAAACUGCCUCCGAAUAUCCGUAAUAUAUAAGCCGAACAAAAACCAAAAUUACUAUUAUAAUUUUAAACCGGAUAAAAUUUUCUAUCGCUUUUUCCACUAUGUAAAAUAAUCUAAAAUUGUAUACAAAUAUAGAACCGCGAGUUCGCCAUACACGUACCUAUACGUAUUAGAUAUUAUAGAAAGUUGCAAGCAUAUUAUCAGCAGCACAGUUAUACAAGCUGUAAAAUGUAUUCAGUUCGUAUGCCAAAAAAAAAAAAAAAAAAUGUUCUCAGACAUCAUAAACAACGAAACAGUAUUGGGAAUGAAAGGGGUACGAUGAAAGUUAGUGCACUGUACGUCGAACAUACGAUCGAAAUAUAAUUUCGUAAAUACUGCAGCAACUCGCUUGCUAAAAGUUUUUCUCGAACAUAUGAAAUAUACAUACAAAAAUGAUUUAUCGGGCGCGAUUAAAGUGUUGAACGCGUACGGGGAUAUGCUAAACGAAUAGUAGCAAAAUCAUUAAAGACUCGAUUGCGGCACGACCGGUGGCCAAAAGUAGUGAUGAUAAACUGUGAAAAAUAUUUAUCACACUGUAAAUAUGCUAAUGUGCCGAAAAAAAAAUGGAUAGGCCACCCCUAUAACAAUUAUAAGUGAAACAAAAUUCCCGGAGGGACGGUAAACUUAGGCGAUUUACUUCAUUCGCCACCAUAUGGAUAAAAUGCCUUACUUUGUGAAACUUGGAGUAACUGUGCCCGUCCCUCUUGAAACACUGAUGAGGUACGGAUAGCCUAUCCAUAUCUUUAUUAUCUAUGCCUAUACCACGUUCACACUAUCAGAAUAUCACAACAUUCCAUAGAGGAUCUACUACUUUUUAACCGUUAAACUAAAUACAUGGAAUACGUGUAUUAAUCAAAAUAUUAUCUUGAUAAGAAUUUGCCAUAUGCAUUCCAAGUCACUGCAGCAGAUAAAGGGGAAAUUAAUUUUGAUCUGUAAGAAACGAUAAACGAUUGCUUACUAAAAGCGAUUCUGAGCGGAGUUCAGUUGAUAGUGAUGCUUUGUCAACAAUAUAUUUGUUAUAUUAUGGUAAAAUAAUUAAAUAUGCAUUAUAUAAUUUCUUGUGUGUUUUUUUUUUUUUUUACUGUUUUUCAUAUUUGUUGAGAAAACUCUUGAAGAAAUCAGAAAAUUACCUCUCUAAAGUACCUUUCAGUCCGAUUUCCUUUUGGAAAAGUUGCGCACAGAUAAAAAAAAAUAAACACCUUUGUAAAACCAUAAGCUUCUUCGCUCUACUUAGAAUCUAAAAUCAAAACGGCUCGCAUAUUUACAUAUACAUUUGAACGACACUGAAAUACGAAGUUUCAACCACCGGUUGCGCUAUAGUAGAGUCUCUAAUUUUAUAAAAUGCGCGAAAUAUAUAUUAUAAACAUCACGUUUCGAUACAGAAUGCCCAACGGAAUUGCCGUACUUCGUCACCUGGUGUCAACUAUCGUAAUAAAAACGUAUAUGAGGUAUAUGGGAGACAUAAAAUGAAUACACCGUUGUAAUUUUCACGGGCCAUAUUAUUAUUAUCACAAGCCAUAUAGUUCCCGCACUUGUUAACUCUUUUAUUUUUCAUUCUUCCGAAGUAUAAAAAAAAAAUGCUUACAUCUUAUAUGGCCGCAUGGUUGUAUAUUAUAAUACGGGUCAUAAUAUUCGAGCGAUAUGACGCUUGUAAAAUAUAUAAAUAAAAAUAAACAAAUAAAUGUCACCUAGCAAUACUUUUUUGUAACUGCGAAAACGAGAAAACUGAUUUGCCGUUUUUACGAAGACAAAAAGUACAUUGGAAUAAUAAUAAUUCGUCGUUAUAAACUAGGUAGUGUAUUGUAUCUAUCCACAUGUAUAUAUAUGUAGACUGUAGAAUGGGAAGAACCCGUUUGGAGAAUAUAUCAUACAGUGGCGUCAUUUUGGGAGGAAGCAGGCGUAGGCAUUUUCCCCUCUCUUGAUUUUAUAGGCAGGUUAAAUUUUCGGUACGUAGAGCCACUUCAAACAUUUUUGAAUUACUAUAAUUACUUUAAAUUUAAUCCUACAUUACUAGAGUCUGAAUUUCUUAUUGCCAAAAAUCUACUUUCUGAAAACAAAAAUAAUAGCCGUGAAAAUGGUGUUCAUGAUCAUUUUUCCAUAUCAAAAAAUUUGUUGGAAAUUCCAAACUCUUCUCCAGAGACACUUUAAAUUAUUUUUAUUCUCAUGACUCUACCUGUAUCGACUGCUUCAAACUGCUUUCAUCUUUUAAACGCAUAAAAGCUUUCUUACGACUGACAACGACUGAUGAACGCUUGAGUGAUUUGCUAGUGAUUUCUGUUGAAAGUAAUGAAGCUUCUAAAGUUGAUCUACAGAAAGCUGUAUUAAUAUAUUCGCAAAUGUAAAAUCUCGUAGAUAUCCUUUAAACUUAAUAGCUUAAAAGCUUUAUAUUUAUUUUUUUUUUUUUGUAAUUAUAUUAAAUUAUAUCACAUUACGAACAGAAUACCUGUAUUAUUUAUUUAUCUUUAUUGAUAUAUUUUUCAUCUAAUAAAAACUUGCUUAACAGAUAAAGCAUUAGUUUUAAAAUUUAUUUUAUGAAAAAAUUUAAAAAAAUUAUUAUUCCUUUUUUUCUUUUAAAGGUUACACAUACGGUAUAGGAGUUUAGAUGUGUGUUAGACAAAAACUUAAUGGUGAAAUGGUGAAUACAAAAACUUAAUUACCCAUAUAUAUCAUGCAUUCAUAUCAUUGUUAUUCAAUUAUUUGAAUGAAUACUUUUAUUUUAACAGAACAUUCUUGCUUGCAAAUCUAUUAAAUUAUUUGUAUUUUUAUGCAACUACCUUUACUAAUAAUGAACCGUCAAAACUAACUACCAAGAAAAAUAGGUGAAAGUUUAUAAUCUUUUUGUGUUGUAUCUGUUUUCUAUCUAAGUGUUUUGGAAAAACAAUUUAUAUUUGUAAAUGAACAUUGGGCUGACAAAAAUGUUGCCCCGCCCUAAGAAAAACUGAAAUGACGCCCCUGAUAUUAUAGUACUAUUGUAUGUAUACGUUAUAACUUUGAAAAUACAAAUGAAAUUUAUAAUAAAGCACACUGUAUGAAACAAUUGAAAAUUAAUUUACGAAAUAUACCUACGUACCUUUUAGACAAUUUGAUUAUUUUAUACGUUUCUGAAACUUUUUCAAUUACACACAUCGAAUCUUGGAGAUUUACCUCUAUAUAUUAUUAAUAUAAAAGAACUUGUAUACUUACAAUGAUAUGGCCAUUUUCUGAACCUUAAAAAGAGAUACAAAUAUGAGUUUUCUAUGUCUGACCACUGCACCGGGAUGACCAACGAACGAUAUAGUACUUAGGUAUACAGUUACUGUAGGUACCUAUUAUCAACAUUCUAUGCUGAUGUCGAUUUUAUAUUUAGUUCGAAAUACGGCACAAAUAAUGAAAUAUUAGUCCCGGGAUGGUGGCCCGUUUUAAUUAAGGAUUUUGUUUUUCUAUGAUUGGAAACAGUGGUAUGGCACGUUGUUAUUAUAGUUGAAGGAGAAAUUAUACUAUCAGCUCACAUCAGUGGCGUAUCGAAAGGGUUUUCAAUAUGCCUAGACAUCACGAUUGAAAUCGGUGGGUAGGUGGAUGUAAAUUGGUAAGGGGAACGUCAACGAUAGGUAUUUUGGUAUUUAGUAAAAAUCAAUAUCAAUAAAUGGAUAAAUACUAUUUAGACGAUUGUCAAGUAUUAUAUAGAACAAAGCAUAAUACAAGGGUUUUACGAGAGAACCAUAGAAGGUCGAUAGAUUUCCAUUAUUAACCAUUGAAUGAAAACAAUCUAAACCUCAAAUAUUAGCCAGCCAGUUUACAUUGAAACAGGAAAUAAAUACAAGUUCAAUACAAGACUCACGUUGAGAGAAUUAGAUUAUUGUUAUUAAUUGUUUGCCAAUAAAAAGAUAUAACCAAGGUCCGAGACUUGUUAUAGCAGAUACUUAUAUUUUUGGCUCGACGUUAAAUCCAAUAAAACUGUAUGGCAUAGUACAGUGAGUUCAAUUAUGAAAUUCAAAAGUGCUUUUUUAGCUUAUUUCAUAAUUUAUUUUUAAAAAAAAAAAUGUUUUUUCAUUCGUUUUCUUGCUUUUUUAAAUAUUUUUAAUUGCUUAUCACAGCACACAAAUGUUAAUAAGCUAUUCAGCUUUUUCAUGGCUUAUAAUAAAGUAUUUUAAGGGAUUUUUUAUUGUUGUUGGUUGUAAAUGUGAUAAGUUCCGAACCUUGGUCACAAUCCUGAUAAUUGUAUCAGUUAUUAUACUUUACCAGUUUGUCACUCACCAAAGCGCGGAUCGAAUAACAAUUCAAUUUAAAAUGAACAUAAAAAAUAGAAAAAUAUUAUAUCGCAGAACGGGGAAAUAUUGUAGAAUGACCUAUCUGAUUUCUAAGUAAUACAUCACCGAAAUCGUGCAAUAAAAUUGUAUGUAUGCUUCAGAGAAAAACGUAAUCCAACUAUACAUUUAACCGUUGUAAUGACUAAUUUUUUUGUUUUUUUUUUUUUACUUUUUAUUUUUUUUACAAUCAAAAUAAAACUCAAUUUAUGUAACUCUUAGCUUGGAAUUUAAUUAUACGAACGGUUCAUUUUAACUGCGUUUAACGAUUAAACAUAAUAACAACGUACCUACGUCCACAUUUUAAUGGAGUCAGAACAGCAAUGACGGAAACUCAUAAUAGAUUAUGAAACGUAAAAUGAUUUUCGCGAGACUAAAAAUAAUUAGGUAACGGCUUUAGCCUUUGGAAGGCGAAAAUGCAAGAACUUAACCGCAGAAGUUUUUUUUUUUCGUUUUCAAAGAUCGCAAUUGUCACAAUCGAAAAUGUAUUUAUUAUGUUUUUAUUAAUUUAAACGAAUCACACAAAUAUCUGACUGUGUUACAUUGAUAUGAUUAAAAUGUGCCGGUUUCCCGAACUCUCUUCGAUUUCGUAAAAUCCGAAAAAUAUUUUUAACAUCUUAAUGUUAAGGCUUGUUCGCCAGUUUAUUGCCCGACAUCCAUUUAGGGAAAGGGUUACGGACGAAUUCGACGACUUCGCGGUAAAUAAGAAUAACUCUAAAAAAAACAUUUUAAUCGAGUUUAAACGUAUAAUAUAAAAGUAAACUGGUUCCAAUAGUCGAAUUAUUAAUGACUAAUUUGGAUAAAACGUUAUUUUGAUCAUCGAGGACUACUGAUGAAUUUUGAAUAUACGCCAUACGGAUGAGCACUGCUGCAGGAACACACGGGAUGUAACGCGACAUAAUACCGACACCUGAAAUGAUUGUUGUGCACGCAUUGCAGUUCAUUUCAAUAUAUUGAAAUACUUGAACUUUUGGGCGGCUACGGAGAUUUUCACGAGUUGGAACGACAUAUUACAUUUUUACACUGUGUACCGGGUCAAUGCGUCAAGUUUCAAAAUAUGUCGUCAUUAAAUUUGUCGGAUCUUAAAGACCUGUGUUAUACUAAAGCUGCGGUAGUUAUUCGUGAUAGUUUCCAUCGUGGUACAAUAAUAUUAUAUCCAUUUUCUUCCGUUAUCACUGUCGUACUGUCACUGUUACACGAGAAAAUUCAUUUGCAUUUUACUAUCUAUGGUAAAACAGUCGAAAUCAAACGAUUUAACGCCCAUCAAUAUCAUCAAUUUCUAAUAGUGAAAAAUACAAACAUUGCAGUUGUUAUCACUAUGAUAAUUGCCAUCACUAUCGCGAUAGAACUAAAAACUGUCGUGCGUGCAUGGUAGUAUGAUUGUACCGAUCGCGAAAGCGCCAUAGUGCCAUAGUGCCAUAACAUUGUUCACGCGAUGAUAGCACAGUAUACAACUCUCAUGACAAUAACGGCUGUUACGAUUGCAACCGGCAUCGUGUGACCUCGGCUUGAGUGUAUGGACGGGUUCAUAUCUAUCGCCACACCCUGUAUAUUAUUUAUAGCACACCCUAUACCGUUUACAGGACAGGACAAUCGAAUAAACGUUCAAAUUCAUCGUACGCACGCAGAUACACAUCAUCAUAAUAUUAUAAAAAUGCUAUGUGUGCGUGAACCGUUGUACACGUGCGGCGGGAUCGAACUUUCCGUCCGUCUCGUCGGUGUCGUUAUUUUGAAAUUGCGUUUCGCCUCUGGUGAUUCCGCCACGGGCAAGCACUCCUCUCCGUAUAAUAAUAUCCGUCACACUGCCUAUACGAGAGCAUAAUACCGUAGGUAUAUCAAGAGUCGCGAAAACUGUUCUGUACGAGAGCGUUUUUAAACUUCGAUACCAAACAUAAAUACAUAAUAUUAUAGUAUAUACCAAUUUUUUUUUUUUUAGUAUUACACAGACCAUUGAAGCCUUUCGCACGUUUCGACCAAAUUACUACAUUCACUCCGGUACAUUGCAUUUUCCAUUCGUAUCCAACGUCUCGUCAACCUUAGAGAUAUCCUUUUAGGCUAUACCUAAUCACUGCUGGCAAAUUCAUGUCCUUGGCAGCUUUUUUGUUGAAUUUCUGAUACGGACAUUGUACGUAAGACCUCCGUCGGCCCGCCAAGCGUAGUCAGCCCACUAAAAUCGUUUCGCUUUUAAGAACGUCGAGUACAACCUUUUCAGAUCAGUGAUUUUCGUCUUGCAUUUUCCCCUGUUAUGAUUUCGCACAGACCCGUGGAUUUUCUACAUAGCAUUUCUUUCGGAGGUAAGCGAUUUCUCUUCGUUCCCCUGUGAAGUAGUCCAUGCCUUACAUUGCUAUCGGUCGCAGAUAACAAGUAUACCAGCUUUGAACAGUCGCCUAGAACUGAGCAAUCUUGUUCAUGACGAAACAGGCUUUGUUUGCCGCACUUAUUCUUAACCGUAUUUUACUAUACAUGCAAUUUUUGUGUUCAUAUUUUUUGCAAAGUGUUUAAACUCGUCUAUUUGCUCAUAGGAGUAAUGGCCUACUUUUAGAGCUGUCUUUUCUAGUCAUCACUAUAUAUUUAAUUUUAGACUAGAUAAAUUAACGUAUCUGUGACAUUAUCUACCAAUUACCAAACUAACUAAAUAAAUAAUAAAUAUUAGAAUAUGGAAUUCGUGCAAGAAGGCCGUUAUAUUGAUGGAUACCUAUUUCAUUAUGCGGCUUCCUUAUCAACGGCGUUAUCGAUAAAUCGAUAUUGUUUUCGGCUACAAAUCAAACGGUUUCAGGGUACAAUAAGUGGGGAACAAUAAUUUGACAAUUUAAUAAUGUAGUGACAUACGCGUAUCUAUUUUUUUUUUUUUUUACCUAGAUAGUGUCAGUCUAUACAUAACAGUAUAUUCUAUUAAUAACAGAAAUAAUUCGUGUACUGAAAAAAAGAAAGCUGUAAUAUAUUUUCAACUAAUACCUAUAUGUCUUACAUUUUCCUGUUUUUUUUCGAUUUUUCAAAUUUGAUGAGAAAACUCUUAAGAAAAUCGAAAAAUAACCUCCCAAAGUACCUCCCUACACCAAUGUCCUUUCAAGAAAUGUGCUACACAUAGAAAUCUGAGCAAGUCUUUUGUUAGAAAAAUUGCGCACUGAUAAAAAAAAAAAAAAAAAACAUUUUUUUAAAACCAUAAGCUUCUUUGUUCCACUUAAAAUCUAAAAGAUAACAAAAACAUAGAAAUUGAACCUUUUUUUCGGCGUACUACAUUUUUUGUACUGCCCUCUUUUUUUUUUCUUUUUUUUUUUUGAACUUCAUUAUAGCAAAUAGUCAUAUAUAAUACAAACCAGUAUAACGGUUUUGUUCACCCCUAAAUAUUAUAUAAUAUUCUACGUAUUGAAAUCUCUGAAAAGGUCCGUCUUGCAGUAGGUACACGUGUAUAAUUUCAAUAUUAAAUAAUCGUACGGAAUUAGUUAGUAUUAGGUAUACGGUGGCUCUGUAAAAUUAUACAUUUAUUUUCCCACCCCCCCGCAAAUAAAAUGUUGAAUUGUUCAUAUGGAUGACGAUAAUGUUAUUAUAGUAUAAUAUUAAAAUAUCUACGUAUACAUACGUAGAUGAAGCAUGCGACAGUCGUCUAUUUUGUUAAUACCCGUAUAAAACUGUAAGCAAACAUCAGACCCGGCCGGAAGAACGGCGAUACGCGGUUUUAUCAUCAAUAUUAUGUGCAUAGAUGUGAUGAAGUAUCGGAUGAUGCAGGGCGUGUUUGACGCAGGAGGGGGGGGGGCGAUAAUCAUAAUUCCCAUCGUCGAUUCGGCAUCAUAACGACGUAUUAACCUCGUUCUGUAAAACGACGAGAACAGGAUAAUAAUACCUACGUUUAAACUGUCUAUGGCGUGCAUUAUGUGAUAAUAAUAUUAUUGCGUGCACCCACGUAAUGCAGAUAGGUAUGUAAUUUAAUACGAGAAUGUGACGAAAAGCUUUAAACAUUCCCCGCGACGUGCAGAUAACACUGCGUGCAUUAUAAAUAUGUAUAUUACUGCGAGUUCGGUCCUACGCACACAGGAUUCGGAUGUUGACUAUAUCGGAUAUGGGGUAAUGACACACCGGUUUAAGCAAUAUAAAACACGCUAAAAUACAUUAUGCAAUUCUAAAAACAAAGCUACAGUUUUAAAAUUCGAUCGUAAAUAAAAGUUUAUUUCCUUUUCCGUCUGACUACGCAGUGUCGAACUAAAGCAUUUACAUGUUUCAUAAUGAAAUUACAUCAUACCUAUAAAAAAAAAAAAAACAAAUUAACUCCCGUGAGCAGCAGAGUCACUCCGUCACUAGUCGACAUUCUCCCAGUCGAUUUAUUAUGUUACAUAAUUAAUCCAAAACAGUGGCGAUUAGCACAGUGUUUUAUUAUAUUGUAGUCUGCGUGGGAUUUAAAACGCGGUAUAUCCUCUAAAAACGCGGAAUUUGAGCAUACAAACGGUUGAAACUCCCAAAAGGCACUUCCUUGAUACUUCGGUACCUACACAUACCGUACACGUGUACAAAAUUCCCUAAUCAUAGCUUCAUUUGGAAAGUCCGUAGGGGCAUACAGGGCUAAGCAAACACCCUUCUUCCGCAAAACCAUGGUUAAAUUCAUACUGAAAUUCACCAUAAAAGGGGUCGUUUCAAUUGAAGGUCAUUUGGUCCGAAAGGAACCGCGCGAAAAGUGUCCAAAAGAAAUAGUCCUUAUUUUCAUGGAUACUUUACCGGUGUGUGGCACAGACAAAUUUUGGGGAUUCGAUGUUUGAUUUGUACAGUCAGUGCUUAAAUGGUCUUAAAUAGUUAGGUCUAGUCAUCAAGACAACUCUUAAAAUGUAUGAUUUCUUUACAAUUUACACUAGUGGCAUUUUCAUUUGUAUGGUAGCGUUCACCGGUGUUUAUACCCAAGAAGAAAAAUAUUUAAAAUUGAGUAUAGACGUUGACAAUGUGUUUUGUUUUUAAAUUAGAUUUUUUUUUUUUCGAUUAAACGGACCUCAUCGCUUACAUUUGUUUUCUGUCGAAAGCGUAAUAAUAUAGCAACAAAAAAAAUCCACACUGUCACGAUUGUGACUGUCUGGAUGAAUUUAGACCAGGGCUAUACUUGAAAUGGUUACACAGCGGAUCGCUAAAAAAACGUACAAAAAGUAUCUUUUCAAAAAUAAUAGAAAACCUGCAUGUAUUGUUACAGUUGUUCGAAAAUUAUAAAAACCGUUUUCAGUAACACGGCCCGGUCGCAUUAUAUUAUAAUAUGCUGUACGAAAUAAAAGCCCACCAGACGUGGUUUUGCACAACAAAUCGGGUUUGUUUUUCCUCCGUUCGCUUGCUUUAUUUCGCUCGGAGGGAUGGGGGGGGCCGUAUAAAUCGGGGAAAAAAUAUUCGGGAAUGUUAUUUGCACGGAACGACAAAAUCCCCAAUGGUUCCCAGUCCAACACGCGGGUCGUCUCGCCAAAAGCCCCAGACGAAGGGAUUUUACAUCUAAUUAUAAUAUUUUUUCGUAUUAAAAACAUUACGAAUUUAAAUAUGAAUAUAGAAAUAUUACGUUUUCGAGUCGUUAUUGUUUAUCCUCAUCGUUUUCGUAUAACACUGUCCCCGUCCCACAUACAUCCCAACACACAUUAAUUACUGUGCCCCAACUCGCGAAAAACUCCCUGCCUUGUGGAGCAAUUACCGCCAAUUUCCCUAAGAGAAUUUAAUACUGCACGGUUGCUCUAUUCGUUUAUAUAUUAUUUUCUGUGUAAUUUUUGAGGACCAUAAUGAUCUAUUGUCAGUCAGACGUUCCACCGGGAACGCUACCGGACGGAAAGUAAAAUAUAUUAAAUUUGAUUAGUGAACAUGAUGCGGAAUGCCUUUGAUACAACAACGCGUGUUACGCGCGAAAUAACGCAAAAUGUCAGCGACGAAGCCGUUUAACUACAAUAACAAUAUUAUAUUCGUAACAUCACUAGAAACAAUAAAGGUGAACAGUCGACUUCCAACGCUUUUACGAACGAUUACAAAUUAUUUUAUAAUUAAAACGAUUUUGAUUCGUAUUUAUUUAAAUCCUUUGCACACUAAAUAAGCAGAUCUCGGGACUUAAUGCGCUUAAAGUCCACAAUUUUGUUGAUUUUUCGAUAAUUAUUUACCUAUCGAAAACGUCCAAAAAGCCUUGAAGACGCACUUGAUAAAAAAACAACAAAUGAUAGUGCGUUUUUAAAAGUCCCCCUCCUCACAUCAGUUACGGCUCUAACUUAUAAAAUACAAUUUCCGAACGCUCCGAAAAUUAUCAACACAAAUUUUUAAUUACGAUUGUGAGUAUCAUAAAAAAAAUAUUUUUUUUAGUAGUUUUUGUAGUGUUAGAGAAUCGCAUUUAAUGGUUAGAGCCGUUAUGAGUGAUGAGGACGGUGGACAUUUCAAACCCCUCUGAACCCUCCGGUCAUUUUUGCUUUAUACAUUUUUUUCUCCGGGGCUCUUUUGGCGUUUUCGAACGCUUUUCUGUGGUUAUUAAACGCAUAGAGCCCUGCUAAUAAGUAUAAUAACGUCGUACUACAACGUCGCGUGUAAAUGAAAUAAAACAAAUCCUCCAUAAUCGAGUGCCGGACGCCAUACCCACGCUAUUGCGCGCUUCCCCGUCGCCCCCGGAACACUAGCGGUGCGCCGAAGUCCGAAAUCCAAUAACCCGGCGCUGCGGCGACGAUUUUUGGCAGGCGAAUCCGCCGCGGUUUUUCGCUAAAUCCCGGGAAACGGUUUUUCGCCGACUUUAAGACUUCGGGCUGUGGCGCGGGCCACCGCGAUUUAUUGCUUCCUCGCCGAAAACUUCUCGUUUCCACAUAAAUCUGUGGACAUGUCAAUGCGCGCGAAAACGUUUGUUUUUUUUUUUUUUUUUCUUAUCAAAAUCAUCCGUUGGCGUAUUUACGACAUUUUUUUUGUUGUUGUUGUUUUGUUUUUUUUUUUUUUUUUUACUACGGGGAAAAACUAAUAGACACCUCUACAGAACGUAUCUGUCUAUCUAGCACUAUACAGUUUAUACAAAUGAGAACCGGUAUAAAUACUGAAUUUGACGAUCGUGUUUUGAUACUUCAACAGUGGGCACAAUAGCGAUCACCCGAAUCGUACAAUAUGUAAUAAACCAAUAAAAUAUCUUUUUUGAAUCUGUUCGUGACCACAUACUGCCUUUGUCUAGGGGGCAUCGCGUGGAGGCCCUUUCAACGUCCUCCUGCGUGAAAAACUAACAUAUCGAGAAAUCCAUUUCAUAAAGUAUUGGUCAGAGAUAGGUGUAAAAGUUUGUCGACCACGUGGGAAGAAGAAAGACUAUAAUCACUUUAAACUGCACCACGUCGUACAAAAUGCGUGCAUCAGAAACUACAGUUAGUAAACGGUGGCACCAACUGCAUUCAAUUCUAAUCCACCAGCUUAUUAUGCAGUAUAAAAUCUCUUACCAGUAAUAAACACAGUAAAUAUUAUUUAUUUACUGCGUUGUUUUUGUUAAUCACAGCGGUUUGUCCUGGUAACGUUUCAGUACUUAAAAACACGUAAAACAAAAACGUACGGUUAUAUAAUUUUAAAAUCGAUUUUUCAGAUAGUAAAUGACGUUUUUUACUGCUUUUUACCUUAAUAAUAAAAGACGCAGAAUAUGAAAAUACCGCAUUAUGAUUUCAUUUUUGACGAUUUGGUAGUUACUGCACUUGCCACUACGAGGGCAGUAUGUGCUGGAUCUAGUAAACGUUUAAUGAGCUCUAAUGUACCAUUAAAUAAUUCGUGAAACUUUCGUUAAAUUUAGUCGGUCCUUUAAAUUUGACGUAGCUGACCGGUGCACUAAAUUAUCGAUCAGAAUUCGGCUCGUUAAAAGUAUAAACGUUGACUCAUAGUCCGGGCACCUUCGGCUAAAUGCCUAUGGGUUUAUCAAAAUAUUAUACUCGUCAUGCCUGUGAUAAUAUACAAAAUGCAUAAUUUUUAUUUAUUCACGGCAUUAUAUUCCAAUUGCAUUAACACAUAUUAAGAUUGACAGUGUUACCAUAAAAAAAAAAAAAAUGUUAUUAAUUCGCGUAACUUUAUACAUAACUUACCGAAAUAUUAUGUAAAAACGUAUGCAUAAUAAUAAAAGAACUUGCGAAUAGAUAAUGGAACAAAAACGUAUAUUUGUAUUAAGUAAAAAAAAAAAAAAAUGUUUAAACGUGAUUUACAAGUAUGCGUACAGGCAUACAAAUGCAAUAAACAUACGCACAUUGCAAGGAUCCAUAAAUAAUAAGAAUAAAACAAUGACAUAUAAUUACAACAAUUAUUGAGCGUGAUACAUUUUCAAAAUAUUGCCGUUAUUAAAAAAAAGUCUAAAUUUACAAAAUUUCCGCGAGACAUAAAUAGAUUUUCCGGCAACAGUAGCAUACGUAGUUAUUAGAAAUUUUCUCAAUAUUCUCUGGAAUACAGAGUUGUUUGUCUCGCGUGCCCGACAAUUAUUUUCGCUAACGAAUCUGGACAUUCGACUAAAUUAUUGUGUAAUUUAAAUAAUAGUGCCAAAAUCAUUACUUUUCUUCUUUUCUUUUUUUUUUCUUUUUUAAAUUAAUCGUAUUUAGAAAGUUUAGAAAAUUCCAUCAUAACCGGAGCGUCUUAUUCUGUUAAUAUGGCAGCUGUAAGUAUUUGUGUACCUAUUUUAGAAAAUUUGUUAAUUUUAAAAAAUAUUUGCCGAUAAAAAAUUGUACGAUGGUUAAUUGUUCGCGCGACGUAUAGUAUAACCAGGUGAACCGAAAGUAUUACGGGCCACGCUAUAAUAUAAUACGGACCGUUUGCACAAUCCGAAUGGCUUUCUAAAAUUAUUAAGCGGUCCGAUAAAUAUAAUCCUACCGUUAGAUAAAUUCAACGAAAAGUUUGACGCGGCGUUAGUAUUAUAAUGUAUUAUUAUUACCUCCUAUUGUCUACAUAAUUUACGAAUACAAAUUUAUCGGUUGUGCUCGGUUGGCAGGUGGGACCGGUGAACAAGUCCAAGGAGAAGAAGAAAUCGCACCGGAAGGUCACCAAGCUGGUGUUGACGGUGAUCACGGUUUACGUGCUGUGCUGGCUGCCGUACUGGAUCACGCAGGUGGCGUUGAUAUUCACGCCGCCCAAACAGUGCCAGUCCAAGAUCGUGAUCACGAUAUUCCUGUUGGCCGGGUGCCUGAGCUACAGCAACAGCGCCAUGAACCCGAUCCUGUACGCGUUCCUCAGCGACAACUUCAAGAAGAGCUUCCUGAAGGCGUGCACGUGCGCCGCGGGCAAGGACGUGAACGCCGGUCUGCACCAAGAGAACAGCACGUUCCCGCGCCGGAACCGGGGCGGUUCGGAGCGCGGCGCCGGCCGGACCGGGCGGCCCACCACCAUACUGUGUCAGGCGGUCAGCGGCGUGGGCUGUGGCGGCGGCGGCGUCGGCGGCGGCGGCGGCGGCGGAGGGAUGGGCAUUGGCGGCAGCUGCUGCAAGGACGACGACGAGAACGGGUGUUGCGGCGAGACGGGCCUGCUGGUCAGCCGCGGCGAACUGAUCAGCAAGGAGAACACGUCCACCGCGCUGACCAUGACGUCCCAAUCGACGACGUGCUGCAACGACAACGUGCCGCCCGCCCAAUUGUAAUGUGCCGCGCGUACGACACACACACCCGAUCCGUUGCAUUCUGUUUUGUUUUUCCGCUCGUAUUUCUACGCACUUUUACAUGACAACACAAUAGAAAUGCUCGUAUUCGUUGUUAUAAAAAAAAAAAAAAAAAAAAAAAAAAUACCUAACAGUUUAAAAAAAACAAAUUCGUAAUAAUAUUCCCCAUUUCGUGUACCGCGCGUACGACGCGGGCAAUAAUCGCGAAUUUUCGACCGUUCGUCCGGCCGACUCUUGGCGACAUCAUAGCCCCCACUCGGCGUCGACGUUAACGUAAACGCGUGACAUACCUACCGCGGGGCGUCCCGCGAAGAUACCGUUGCGACAUCUCGGGAAAUGUAUAAUGGCUUUUCGCCGGAAUUUGUGUUUUCCUUUCCGACAAGAUCCAAUGAAACGGACGGUGCUAAAACGUCGUUUAACCGUUAUUUUCCGAUCUCCCUUGUCCUAUGCGUUUUAACAAAAACUUAGAGCUUUUAGUGAAGAAAAAAAAAAAAAAAAUUUAAAACAGACGCGUAUACUAUUGUACGUUCUAAAUGCUGUUGUCCCCAAGAAUCUCGAAUGUACUUCGGUCCGGAAAUUUCGGCUGGUCGCGAGGAAAAUCUCGAUUUAUCUCGAACACAAAUCGGCUCUAUUGGAUUCGUCUUGGUUUUGCGGUUUUUUUUUUUUUUUUUUGAAUUCCCGUUGUCGGGUCCGGGCACAGCGAGAGCGUCUGUUCGCGAUCAUUGUCGUUCGUCAACCCAACACUUGUCUGGUUCUUAUCCCUUCGGUUCGAUCGCAUCAAAGAUACCGUAUGUCAAUGCGAAUUGGGGAAAAAGUGGCUUUUCUGAUUUUUUCCCUGUAUACCUCUACCCUUGAAAUGCUCGUGUGGCGUCGACAACAAAAACAAUUGAGCUCUCGACAAUGUUUUCAAACGCCGAACCAAAAGUGUUAAUAUACACAGAGUGUAACACGAAAAUCAGCCACUCGAAUUAACUAUUGUUCUAUUCAACAUUUCGAAUGUAUUAUAUUAUUUUUAAAUAAUUAAUAGACCGGCAGAGGCGCUGGUGUUUACGUUGGUUAUUUUUUCGGGGACUACAAAUAAAACAUUUAAAAUUGUACGAUAAUUACAAAAAAAAAAAAAAAAAUCAAAAUAGCCAUUUUUUAAAUGUGAAUAUUUUUGCGGUUUGUAAUCUAUAAUAAUAUAUUUUAUCAGUUAUAAGUAGGAUUACUCUUGGGAAAAAAAAACCCCCCCUUGUCAUUUGACGUGAUCUGAUAACUACUGAUUAAAUAUCAUUAUAGACUAUAAACCGUAAUAUCCAAUAUUCGCGUUUACCAAAACCUCGAAAAAUUGUAGAAAAAAAAAAAGACCCCGCACCAAAAAACAAAAUAAGCUUCAGCCGCCAAAAAUUAUCUAAAAAUCUAUUUUACAAAAUGGCUAAUUGGAAUUUAUUUUAUUUUUUUUUUUUUUUUUUUUUAAUUAUAGAAUAAUGUUUAAUUGUUUGUUUAAUCCGCC